UGGCAUGAAGCCCAAAGAGUAAAUUUUUAAUGUAAUGUUUUGAUCAACCUUCAUCAAAAUUCCAGUGAAAAUAUGACUUUUCCAAGUAAAUUAACUGCAAAAAAUGUGAUUUAGUACGUGUAGUUGGCAGCGCAAACACUAAAGAGCAUAAUGGAAGUAAUGGUAGGGCUGUCAAGGUAUUUGCGGCGAAAGGUUUUAGAAGUUCCUGUACGUGUUGUAACUUUACAUUGCGUGAACUACACAAGGCUAGCUGAGGUUGGCCGCUUAGAAGAACCAAAGUCUGAUGGAAAAUAUGACACAGGACAACUGUUUCUUCACAGAGUAUUUGGCUACCGUGGCGUCGUUCUUUUUCCAUGGCUUGCCAGAGUAUAUGAUAGAGAUGAGUCUGUCAGGAAGAGAGGAAACAGGAGUGUGCCAUCUCCUGGAUCGCCAUCUUCAGAUGUAAAAGGUCAGACACAGACCUUCUAUCAAGUUCUAAUUGACUCCAGGGAUUGCCCAUUCAUUCGAGCACAAACAGAGGCAGUUACGUUUCUUGGUAACCAAGACAGCAGUCGUAGCUUGUAUGCUAUACCAGGCUUGGACUAUGUAGCCCAUGAGGAUGUACUGCCAUAUACAACUACUGAAAAGCAGCCACUGCAUCAUGAACUGGUGGACAAAUUCUUGUCUCAUGUGCCAGACAGAGAUCCUCCAUUUGUAGGACUAGAAACUUUAGAUGCAUGGCAAAGAAAAAAUCAUCCAUGGCUUGAAUUGUCGGAUGUUCACAAGGAAACAACAGAAAAUGUUCGUGUGACAGUCAUACCUUUCUAUAUGGGUUCUAGAGAAUUUCAGACUGCUUCUGUUUAUUGGUGGCGAUACUGCAUACGUCUUGAGAAUCUUGGAAAAUUAUCAGUUCAGCUGCGGGAGCGGCACUGGCGAAUCUUCAGCCUGUCGGGUACACUGGAGACAGUGCGUGGACGUGGAGUGGUUGGCCAGGAACCUGUCCUCUCUCGGACUUCGCCAGCUUUCCAGUACAGCAGCCAUGUCAGUUUGCAGGCACCAUCAGGCCACAUGUGGGGCACCUUCCGUAUGGAGCGUGAAGAUGGAUUUUCAUUCGACUGUCGCAUCCCGCCCUUCCCACUUGAGAGCAAAAUAGAAGAGCAGCCACCAGCCUCAUCACCUACACAGGGAGCAGAAUGAAUUAGAGACUAAUUGUAUUUAUUGUACAGAUUUCAGUAAUUUAUUUGAAAAAACAAUUGUGCAAGUUGUAAUUUCUCAACUGUCCUUGCUGAUGCAAGUGAAUUAAAGAAUUGAAACUGUGGAUAGCCUGUGAAAGUUGGUCUCUUUUAUUGAUUCUACAAUACAAAACCUUAUCUUCUGAAAUCUGAAAAAGAAACAUUUUCUACCGGAGAAUAAGGGGAAGUAAUUUUAUUCUUCUGGAGAUGCAAGAAGAAUGAAGAAGGUACUAGAGAGAGAGAGAUUCAAAUCACGGAGUAAAGAUCAGAAAAGAAACUGGAGAAAUGAAGAGCUGAAUGGAUAGGAUAUAUAGAAGGAUAUUGGAGGACUGAUGGUGGAUAUCCUCAAUGGCUUUGACCCAUUUCUCAAAAUGUGACAAUUCUUAUGCCAGUGGUAAUGAUGAGUCAAAUGUUUUACAGUUUCUCAAAACUGCAAAAUUUGAUUGCGCCAAUUUAUUCAUUUAAACAACUGCUUUUCUGAAACUAGAGGCUUGUGUCCUAAGUUUUACAGAAAUUCUUGUGACUGUUAUUCUGUUUUAAGAAAUAAAUGUGGAGACUGCUAUAGACAUUUACAACUAAUAAUUAGUAUGAAAGUGUACACUGUUCCUGAUAGGUAACAUUUUUAAUAUUUCCAGCAUAGUUGGAAUAAAUUGCUCAUCGAAUGUAAUUACGGUAUGAGAAAAGCAGUGUGACAUUUUAUGUAAGUUCAUAUCAUGGUAAUGUUUUGUACUUUUUCUUGUAAAUAAAAUUGUACUGAAUUUUAAU